AUGAACUCUUUCGUCAUUCACAUAGAAAUCGAUUUCUUGGAGUAUUCUAAUCCAAAAUCCUAUCUCCAUCUCCACCACACAAGUAAUCCCUUAGACAAAAUCGAUAAGCCCUCACUUUUGGUUGCUUUUCUUUCAGGAAGAAACAAAAGACAUAACCUGAUCUUUGAGUAUGAUUUCUGUCAAAGUUCUUAAUGGUUGAACGAUCGGAUCCUACAAUUCACCACCGAGGAGAACACCACCGCCAUCGUCGACCACCACGGAGAGAACCACAACCAGGGAGAACACCACAAGAUCGAAGGCGAGCACCGUCACCAGCGUGAACGCCAGAUCGAGGGCGAGCACCAUUGUCGCCCAAAUCGAAGGCGAACACCAUCAUCGGACCCUUCGCCUUCCGGUUUUUUGCUCGCGAUUUGAAGGUCUUGAUUCUCAGAGAUGGGUCCCUUCUUGGUGUUCUAUUGUUGAUGUUGAGCCAAAUUUGACAGAGAUGGGCUCAAGAAAGCACGUAGUCAUGCUCCCAUUGAUGGCUCAUGGUCAUCUAAUACCAUUUCUUUCACUGGCAAGACAAAUCCAACAAAGAAGUGGCUUCACAAUCACCAUUGCAAAUACCCCUCUCAACAUCCAAUACCUUCAAUCCACAAUCACCUCCCCUGAACCCAACAUUCACCUUGUGGAGCUACCAUUCACUGGUACUGACCAUGGACUCCCACCCAACACCGAGAACUCAGAAAAUUUGCCUCUAAAUCUGAUCAUUAACCUCUUCAAAUCAUCAAUAAGCCUCAUAACGCCUUGCCAAAAUCUUAUACAAGAUAUCAUUGACAAAGAAGGGCAGCCUCCACUCUGUAUCAUAUCAGAUGUGUUCUUUGGAUGGGCUAAUGAGGUUGCCAAGAGAACUGGGACUGUCAAUGUUACGUUCACCACCUGCGGCGCGUAUGGCACUUUGGCUUACAGUUCAAUAUGGUUGAACCUCCCUCAUCGCCACAAAAUCGAUGAUUCUGGUGAAUUCAACGUGCCCGGAUUUCCUGAUCAUUGUCGAUUUCAUGUCACUCAGUUGCAUCGCUUUAUAAGAAAUGCAGAUGGGUCUGAUUCUUGGUCCAAGUAUAUGCAGACACAGAUAUCGAUGUCUAUGAAGUCUUGUGGAUGGUUGUGUAAUACAGUUGAAGAGGUUGAGCCUCUUGGGUUGCAACGACUUAGAGACCAUGUCAAGGUCCCUAUUUGGAGUAUUGGUCCUCUGCUUCCUCCUGCAGUACUUCUCAUGGAAUCAAGUUCUACACAAUCAAGUAUAAACCGUCAGCGAGCCGGAAAAAUUCCGGGAAUAUCAACAGAGGAAUGUAUCGAAUGGCUUAAUUCACAUUCAAGUUCUUCUGUUGUUUACAUUUCUUUUGGUUCUCAAAACACAAUUAGUCCAUCUCAAAUGAUGGGGUUGGCAAUUGGAUUGGAGAUGGCGAAGAAACCAUUCAUUUGGGUCAUUAGACCACCAAUUGGUUUCAACAUAAAAGGUGAAAUCAAGCCCGAAUGGCUCCCGGAAGGGUUCGAGGAUCGGAUGAAGAAGAGUAAACAAGGAUUGUUAGUUAAAAACUGGGCACCCCAAUUGGACAUACUGUCUCAUAAUUCUACCGGUGCAUUUUUGAGCCAUUGUGGGUGGAAUUCGGUGCUAGAGAGCUUGAGCCAAGGCGUGCCGAUGAUUGGGUGGCCAUUGGCAGCAGAGCAAGCGUAUAAUUCAAAAAUGUUGGUGGAGGAGAUGGGAGUGAGUGUGGAGUUAACAAGAGGAGUUGAAGGUGUUGUUGAAGGGGGUGAAGUGAAGACAGUGAUAGAUUUGGUAAUGGACAAGAAUGGGAUAUUAGGACAGAAUAUGAAGAAGAAAGCGUGGGAGAUGAGAGGACAAAUAAGAGCAGCAGUAAGAGAUGAUGGAGAAUUAAAGGGAUCAUCUAUCAAGGCUUUGGACGAUUUUGUUAGCGCCAUUCAAUAUCAGAAAAUAAAUGCCUAAUUAUCAUAUCAGUUUUGCAGUGCAUUUUGAGUUUGCAAUGCUUACUGCAUAUUGCAUUUUAAGACUUACUUUUAUGGAUAACUGGUAGCUUUUGAGCAA